AUGGACGCUACCGAAGAAGCAGAGAUAAUCAAUAGUCAUCCUAUCAAAGAAGGGUUACUUGCUUUCCGUCGCCAGUUUGAAUCAUCUCGUGCUAUUGAGGACAUCCUUUCCGCAGAAUCUGCCUCGGACCUGGUCCUUGAUCUUAUUGUGGCCUUGCAGAACUUUCCGGCCGCUCGUAUCCUAUGUUCGCCGAUCGAUCGCAAAACUCGUCUACGUGCAGAUUUAUUCACCCUUGGAUCUAAAGUUGCCUCCAGAGAUUUCGACAUCAAGUCAACAAUCCCUUUGGUGGAACUGGUUGUUAAGAACGCGCCUGACGUGGAGACAUGGCAUGCCGUGUUCAACCUGAUCUUAACCACUAGCCCGAAACAAGUAACGCCACCGAUUGCCUUCGAGAAAGCUGUUUUCGACACGCCGCUUCGAUCCAGCUCGGCUUCUCAGAGGGGGGUUGAACAGACACACGACGAAGUUGAUCAGCGAAUACUCGAGGAGCUUACCGGGCGAGUCUAUUAUGAUGUCGGAGGUUUCUACGAACGAUAUUUCAAAGGGAAACCCUGGAUAAAUAACACGAGGGAUAUCUACGAAGAGUCGAGGGCCCAAUAUGCAGAAAGCCGUUGGAGUGGGUGGCCAGAGCCUUCACUUCAAGGUCCAUUUUUUGAGUGGUUCACGAAAUUCCAGGACACCAUUCUCAGCGGACAGGGCCGCAGGUAUUAUACAUCGGCGAACAAAGUGUUGAGGGGCUCAGAGGCUGAUCGCAAGCUUGACAUUUUUCUCGCCUCUACUGAUGCUGUUCUACUGAGCGGUGAGUAUGACUGGUCAAAUGUACUUGUCAUUGGAGAACAUAAACAGAAUCCCGAUGAAGAUGGCUCUACAAAAACAUUGGUACAGUUGGCAGGGUAUGUACGUGAGGUGCUCGGAAGUCAACCGGAGCGGCGAUUCGUCCCUGGUUUUACGAUCUGCGGAAGCAUGAUGCGACUCUGGGUAUUCGACAGAUCUGGCUCGUACAACUCUGAGAAGUUCGAUAUACACAAAGAGCCUGAGCGAUUCGUUAGGGUUAUUGCUGGAUAUGCAUUGAUGACGGACGCCGAGUUGGGGUUGAAUACAUUCGUUAAGUAUGAUGGCAAUAGCAAGUACAUCGUGGCACGAGAUGUAAAAAUUUCUUUGGAGGACAAGCCAAUCGCCUCGACAAAAGCGAUAGUAUGCCGUGGAACAACGUGUUAUCGAGGAAGGAGGAGCGACUCCACGGAAUGGGAGUAUGUGGUCAAGUUUGCUUGGCCAUCUGAUAAAAGGCAGCGGGAAGGAGAACUGUUAAAGUUGGCCAAAGAGAGGGGAGUCACGGGUAUUGCUACGUGGUUUAAUCAUGAGCAGAUUGUUAUUGACGGCGACCCGGACACUAUUUCGCAUUUCCGACGAGAUAUGAAGUUCGGAAGGCCACGAAAGCUAUCGAGCAAAGCUUCUUGGGUCGACGGCAGUCCGGAAUCCAGUCGGGUGUACUCUAAAUCAAGUCUCAGAGGAAGAUCAGGGAGUAGUUCGAAUCGCUUGAAGGGCCUAGGAAUUGGUGCAAGUACAUCUUCCUCUGGAAAGAAAAGAAAAAGAAAUGAAAGACUUGAUCCAGGGAGCAGACUGAAGAAAUCUAAAUCCGACGGUAGUCAUGCCAGCGGGACGAAUGUGCGUAUUAAAGAACGCGAGUCAGAUGCAAUCGGCGCUCACAGUAUUCAAGAAACGGUCGUUGACAGUCUGGCCCAUUGCCGGAAUGAGUGGCAGCGGAAUAACGUUGACUGUAUUCAAGAAGCCGGAGUCGACAGUUUCACGGAUUGCGAAAGUGAGACGUACGACAACCGAAUGAACUACUGUUUGGUAACUUCACCGGCUGGACGACCUCUCCGCGAAUAUCAUUCAGUUAGAGAGCUUUUAGAGGUGCUACGCGAUGCAAUCCGAGGCCAUAGGUCGCUACUAGAGGAUGGAAAGAUUCUACAUCGGGAUAUCUCCGAAAAUAACAUCAUCAUCACCGAGCUCCCUGCCGAAGGUGAUCCGAAAGGAAGACUAAUUGACUUGGACUUGGCAAAGGAGCUGGACAGUAUGCCAAGUGGGGCUUGUUACCGGACUGGCACAAUACAGUUUAUGGCGAUCGAGGUUCUUGAAGGUAACGGUCAUACAUAUCGGCACGAUCUCGAGUCAUUUUUUUAUGUCUUCGUAUGGAUGUGCAUUCGAUAUGGCUACGAAGAUACAGGCAGGCAAAAACCCAAUAAGUUGGUGAGAGCGAAGACAAAUAUGUUGCGAGGUUGGUAUACUGGGAUAUAUGGAGAAAUUGCUCGGAAUAAGGUGGGGGAUAUGGACAAAAAUAGAUUUGAGAAGAUCAUCGUGGAGUUUGCGCCGAAGUUCGAGAAUCUCAAACCGUUGGCUCGCGAACUCCGAUAUGUUCUUUUUCCAAUCAGGGACGGAGCGAUCUUUACCGGCACAUUUCAUGACCAUAGUAUAAUGUACGAUGGGAUGAUCAAGGCAUUCGACAGUGCAAUUCGCUGUAUUCAGAAUGAGGAACAAGUAAAUGUAUAG